AUGGAUCCUGUCAUUUUCCAAGAGUCGCCCUUGGCCGACUAUCUCAAAUAUGAGGAUGACGACUCUCACGAGGGCUGGGCUGAGGCCGACCGCCUCUCCGAAUCACCAACUUCGGCCAUGUCCGACACAUCACCACCUGCCAGCCCGACUCAAUUCGCACCCACCGGGAGACCUCUGGUGAAGCAGCGGUUUAGAAACAGAGCACUCAGACCUCUACAGACCAGCGACAAAGCCUUGACGCCUCUGCGCGCGCUUCGAAGGAACUGCUCUGCUGUAGUUGCAGCUAGCAUGGACAGAGCCGACAACGAAAAAUUCCUGGAGCAGUUUCGAUAUUUAAUAAUAGCAUCUCAGCUUCUUAGUGGCCACACAAUCGCGGCUCGACGCCACGCUGGCGCAGAAGCACUAAACGCAUCAGCUCAAGGUGAUCAUUCGAUCCUCUCCAACGAAGGAAUUGUCGCGUCGAUAUUAGGUGCCUUGGCUAUUGCAGUGGUACUUAGUUGGAUUUUUGGGCACAAGAAGGAUUCUUACGUGACGAAAAAGCGCCUCAUGUUCCUAGUAGCCUUGCUUGCUGUGUCUGGAGCACUCGGUCAGGUUCAUAUGCGACGACAAUGGCUUCGAUACCGGAGAGACCAGUCUUUAUCCGAGUUGAGUGGCUUCAUUGUCAACUCGCACGAAUUUGACAGUGUUGUUGAAGCUACAUUGGCUUUGGUCCAAGAGGUCGAGCUGGUCUCGCGAGGAUAUAGAAUGUACGGCCCCUGCUUCUUUGCCAUUGAAGAAGCCCAAGCUGACAACGCAAGCAGUACCGCGCCACUACCACCCGUUAGUCGUCUCGAAGACAGAUCGCAGAGCCGCAAGUGCGUUCGCCUCAGAAAAAUCUUGAAAGCACGCCUGGCUGAGGUGCUCCAGCAGUACGACAGAUUGGCUGCACCAAUCCAGGGGUUUUCUGAGCAAACUGAACUGGAGAAAUACUACGACAUGUAUGACAUUAGUGAUUUCGAUAUUCAAGAUGCUCGUCAAGGCUACAACGAAAACGAGUUUGAAGACUCGGAAUCGUUACGCACCUUGAAGAUUUUGGCGGCUCGAUUCUAUACUGAGCGAAAAAUGUUACUUUGUGCCAUGUUGGCCCUAGACGCCAGCGGAGAGAAGAAUGACUUGCUGCGCUGGACUGCAGCAGUGGAAGCAUUACAGGAAUUGAACAAGACGACAAAGGCUGCGUACAAAAACAUCCAGGACAUUCUUAGCGAAGAACAGUCGUUUCCUAUUCCGCCUACACCCAAAAUCCCCCUUACCCCUGGUCGAGAACGUUGGCGCGCACAAUUACGGAAGCUCGGCUCCCUCUCGAGUGGUAUUCGCGGCUUGCAGGCCAAGCUGCACCUGCUACGAGAAGAAUCUGACAGGGCCCUUGAUGACUCGAACGAUAUAUCAGAGAUGGGGCCAAACCUGAUGGCCCAAUAUGAUUCCAUCGGUGUCGACCUGAAGGAACUGAUGGCGGCAUGGGAAGAAGGCAAGAACGCACUCGCGGUCGGUAUCGAUAGAAACGAGAAACGACUGUCAUCGAUGAGUACUCUGCUGUCACCUCGCAGCUCCAUGAGCGGCGUGACAUUUGCUGAGGACGGCAACGCAGCAGACGCACUGAAAGCACUGAUAGGUGAAUCACCGACACGCUCAGAGAAGGAGUCUCCCGUGGUAGACCCCGAAGUUUUUGAGGCAGUGGCCAUCCCGAGGGCCCGAAGCAUGCUCACCAGAGAAGAGCGCUUAACAAAGAUGAAGGAAGACAGAGACCAGAAGGCGCAGGCCCGCCAGCAAAUGGAUGCGACCAGAGGCAUGCUGCGCGAGCUUGAGACUGUCAUCAACCUGCGUCCCAAGAAUCGCCAGAGCGCUCCGGCUGACAAGACAUCGAACCGUGUUGUGUCGAUGUAA